AUGGUUUCUGUGUUUGACCCAGAGUAUCCUAUACACCAGACUUUCGAUUUGAAAGGUUCACUGCAGGGUCGCAAGCGGAAGGGAAACGAGAAGAUCGGCAAGGAUGUCGAUUGGAUGACCGCCAAUGAGUUGCUGUUGGUCGCGCCCAAAGUGCGCGCCCAGCUUUCCGCGGCCCACGAGCGGGAUGUGAGUUUUCUCACUUAUUUUGGGGUGAUGGACUAUUCCAUAUUAGUUGGAAUUCACGACCCUGACCCACAUUCACCAAGCGUUGCCUCUGUUGGUCGACGGUCAAGCAUUGGUUCUUAUUUCGAGCCGCCCUCCCGCAAGCUGGUGGCCUCACGCAAAUCAGUGGCAGGUUCGGACGGCAGCUGGGCGGACGGCCACGGUGGAAUCAUCCCGGCGGCCGGCUCCAGAAGGGUCUACUUCGUGGGCAUCAUCGACUUCCUGAUCUGGUAUGGAAUCAGGAAGAUGGGAGAGACCCUGGGCCGCGCCAUCACGGGGCACGAGAUGGAUGCCUCGUGUGUGGACCCUCUGAGCUACGCGAGGAGGCAGGUGUCCUUCGUGAGGGAGCACGUGCUGCCCAAGCCUGCGGAUGGCGAGCUCUGGGGCACCGUGGGAACGCUGCGGGUUACGUUCAUUGAGGCUUUUGACUUGAUCGGUGCCGAUAUGUUGAACAAGUCGGACCCGUACGGCGUCGUUCAGCUGGGCUUCCAGAGGCAGAGGACCCGCACCAUCCAGAACGACAACAACCCCAAGUGGCAUGAGGACCUGUAUGUUGCGGUCCAUGAGGAGCACCUCCGUCAGAACAUCGAGCUGUCUGUUUGGGAUUGCGACGACAAGGCGGUGCAGGGCGAUGACGAUUUCUUGGGCAAGCUGGUGAUACUGGUGCGCAGCGUGGGUCAGACGGCACACGCCCUCGAGAUCGUGGAGCCGCUGCAGGGCGUGUCGAAGGGCAGGCUUUCGGUGAAGCUGGAGCUUUUUUCAUCCGACAGGUCCGAUGUGGCCGCGCCUCCUCCGAUGCCCGCGCAGCACGAGUGA